AUGGUCAUCACAUCUUCAUUACCAUUAUCACACAAAAAAGAAACAGUCAAUGAACGUGAUGAACAUGUACUCAUUACAGAAUAUUUAAUAUCUACAAAUAAAACAAAGAAUGAAACUAAAGAAGACGAACAUAGUAUUAUUGCUGUUAGUCCAAAUGAUCAUCGAUGGUAUCGAUUAAUCGAAUUACGUAAUGGUUUGCGUUGUAUGUUAAUAACAAAUAAUUCAUAUGAAGAUGCAGAUGAUGAUGACGAUGAGAGAAGCAAUCAAUAUGAUACAGAUGAUAAAUUACUCUCUUCAGAUGCAGAUGAAGCAUUUUUCAAAUAUCAUAUGGCCACUGUAGCAUUAUAUAUUCCAGCUGGUUCUCUUCUAGAUCCUUCAAAUUUCCAAGGUCUUGCUCAUUUAACUGAACAUUUACUUUUUUCUAGUUCAUCUAAAUACCCUGAAAUGAAUUGUCUUGAUACAUUUAUUUCAUAUCAUGGUGGAACCAUUCAUGCAUAUACAGAACUUGAAUUUACAGUUAUUGUUAUUGAAAUUUCAUCGAAUCGUAUUGUUGAAACACUUGAUAUUCUUAUACAUUCACUCAUUGAUCCUCUUAUGUCACCUGAAACAAUACAUGAUCAAAUUCAACUUAUUGACGAUGAAUGUACAAUUGCACAAUUUGAUGAUCAUUAUCGAGCAUCACGUCUACUUGCAUAUUUAGCUAAAGAAAAUCAUCCAAUAAGAAAUUUUUCUUGGGGAAAUAAAAAGAGUUUAAAAGAAUUUAUUGCAAAUAACAAUAGUUCUACAAUUUUAAAACAAUUUGUUAGAGAUCGAUAUUGUGUUCCAGAAGGAAUGAAUCUUGUUAUGAUAUCAAAUGAAUCAUUCCGAAUAAUGCAACAACGUAUUGAACGAUUAUUUUGUUUAAUGAAACGCAGUUUUAAAACUUUACCUGAUUAUAUAGGUUUAAAGGAACCAUGGAAUACAGAUGAUUUUAAAAAAUUUCAUCUUGGUACGUAUGAUUAA